AUGUUCCCCGGCGCAGAUGACGCGCCUGCGCGCACGCAGACCCCCACCAUCGCCUCCGACAAUACCAUUGUCCCGUUGCUGCCUGAGGCACCAACAACCGACCUCGAGGACGAUGCGCGCCGCGCCACCUUUUCCGACCUCUAUCGCAAGAGCGAGGCCCGCGUGGCCCUGCUGUUUUCCGAGGAUGGCCGCUACAAUCGGGACGCUAUCCGCGGUUUGCUGUACCCGUCACGCACCCACAACGGACUGCUACCACCGCCGGCCACCGAUCAUACCCCUAUACACGAGCCGCCCUACAAGAAGACCAAGCGGACAAUCGACGAAGACGACUACGACGACGAUGACGACGACGAGGAAGCGGCCGAGGACGGUAGCGGCGGUGGUGCCAAGGCCGACGGCAGUGCCGCAGCCGAAAAGGACGCUGUCCCGGGCCCUGGUCCUUUGGCUGGGGGUCCGCCAAGACAGCUCCUGUCGCCGUCCAAGUCCGGCAGCUCACCGGUGCAUUCGGUAGGCUCACCGGACAAGCAGAACGGCCGGACCGCACACGAGGAUGGCCCCACAUCACAGCCACAGCAACAACUGGCGGCCAAGACGUCCGAGGACGUGCGCAAGGAGCUGGAGGCAGCACGAAAUGCCACUGAAGUGGCGGCACGGCGCAGCUUCCACACGCUCUUCUACACGCUCGAGAACGACCGGACAGCCAUGCUGGAGCAGCAGCAGCUGGAGGAGUCGGAGAAGCAGAUCCAGGCGGAGAUGGAAAAGCACGGGGCGAGCAGCACCAACGGAACGGGCGGGCAGAGCCACGGGACGCUCAGCAGCGCCAACCUGGGGGCGUCGAGCCUGACGCUCAAGCACCUGAUUGCGCGGAUCGACCUGAAGCGCGACCAGGUCAAGGCGACAGACACGGAGCUGCGGUCGCUGAUCAACGAGGUGCGCAAGAACCGGAGCAAGUGGGCCAGCGAGGAGCACGUCGGACAGGAGGAGCUGUACGAGGCGCUGGAGAAGGUGCUGAGCGAGCUCAAGGCGCACACGGAGUACUCGACACCGUUCCUGCAGCGGGUCAACAAGCGCGAGGCGCCCGACUACCACAUCUACGUCAAGCAGCCGAUGGACCUGGGCACGAUGACGAAGAAGCUCAAGGGACUGCAGUUCAAGAGCAAGGCCGAGUUUGUGGCGGACCUGAAUCUGGUGUGGGACAACUGUCUCAAGUACAACCGCGACAUGGGCCACCCGCUGCGGCGGAUGGCCAACAGCAUGCGCAAGGAGGCGGAGAAGCUGAUCCCGUUGAUUCCAGAUCUGACGAUCCGGUCGCGCGCCGAGGUCGAGGCAGAGGAGCGGCGAAAGCAGAACGGUGGCGACGACGGCGGCGACGACGACAGCGACGAUGAGCCCAUCAUGUCGUCGCGCGGCCGCACAGCCGGAACAAAGGGCGUGGGAACCAAGUCACGGGGUGCAGCCACGAUGUCGGCCACGAUGCACGAGCACGCCAAGGAGGGCACGCCAGGCAUAGACCGAGAUCGAGAUCGGAAGCCGGUGCUGCAGCUGAACGGACUGCUGGCCAAGAGUGUCGGCGGCAACAACAGCAACGGGCGCGAAGGUUCAGAGGCAGGCGACGGAAGCAUCGGGUUCGGCACGCCGCUGAUGGGCGCGGUCGGAUCGGUGACGCCAGGCGGACUCAACGGCGGACACCACUCGGGAGUCGGCAGCAACGUGGAUGCGAUGGACCUGGACGGAUCGACGCUCAACGGCCUCGGCGGGCUGGCACUCGACCGAGCCAUCAACGAGGCGGCCGAGCAGGUGUACGAGGACGAGGAGGACCUGACAUGGAAGCAGGUCACCAAGAAGAGCCGGGCGCUGCUAGCACGCCAGCGCUACGACAUGUUUCGCGAUGGGCGGCUCAACAUCGACCAGCCGGCACUGCUGCGGACCAAGGCCGACAUGCGGUGGUACGUCCGGGGUGUCAAGGAGGCUGAGGCCAUGGGGCUGCUAGGCCCGAGUGCUGGUCGUGGCGGCGGCGGCGGUGCUGACAGCAUGGCGGCAGCGUCGUCGUCACUGCUCGCGACAGCCGACAGCAGCAACAGCAACAGUAACGGCAACGGCAACGGCAACGGCCUGCUGCUGUCGUCUUCUUCGUCCAAAGCGAACGAGACAACGCUGGCCGAGGGCAUGGAAGACGACGUGGAAAAGGUGGUGCCCGACUACUACGAGCCGCAGUCGAUCGUGCCAGACGUACCGCUGCGGCUGCAGUGGAUCGAGGACGACGAGGGCGGCGUGAUCAACCCGAACGAGGAGUUUUUGCGGCUCGUUCCCGAAGGCCAUUUUGUGGCACCGCCGAGUCGGCUUAGUAAGCGGUUUGAUGAGAACAUGCGGCAGAUCCAGGAGACGCGCAAGAUUUGCUCCAAGAUCGGGGUGGUAAAGCAGAUGCAGAUCCAAACACAGUUUCAGCGCUACGAUCCCGAGCCGUUCUUCGAGGCCGACAUUGAGCGGCAGUUUGUGUGUGGCGACGGGGCGUUUAUGGUGGGCGAGACGUGCCGAGCAGCGAUGCAGCGGUCGGUGGCCAAGAUCUUCUUCCAUGCCGGCUUCGAGGAGCUGCAGCCGUCGGCGAUGGAGGCGAUGACAGACAUUGCAGCGGACUACUUUAUGAAGCUGUGCCACACGAUGAACGUGUACAACGAGGCCGAGCGCAAGGAAGCGACGGGAGCCUGGGCCGCACGAGGAGCACGGUUCCAGCCACGGUACACGCCCGAAGAGGUGGUGCUGCACACGCUGCACGAAAACGGGCACGACCUAGACGGGCUAGACUCGUACGUGCGCGACGACGUGGAACGACUAGGCGCGAAGCUGGGAGCGAUCCACGAGCGCAUGAAGGCGCACCUGGGCGAUCUGUUGCGACCAGCGCUGCAGGACGGCGGCACAGAGGCGUUCAACGACGGCAGCGAGCAGUUUGUGGGCGGUGACUUUGCCGAGGAACUGGGCGAAGACUUUUUCGGCUUCAAGGCCCUGGGCCUGGACAAGGAGCUGGGCCUAGACAUUCUCAGCGUGCCGCUGCACCUGCUGCAGACGCGGGUGCGCAACCAGAGCACCAACGACGCACCGACCGGCGUGGCCUCGGAGGCAGCCUUUGAGGCGCCGCCGCCGCUGGAGCCGGUCACGCGGACGAGCAUCGGCGAUGAGAUCGGCCUGAUCAAGAACUUUUUUCUGGCCAAGCUACACGCCAACGGCGACCAGCCGCUGGUCGAGGACGAGGACCUGCCCGUCAAGCAGCGCCGUCCACGACCACGACUGGGCGCCACCGGCAAGAUCGUCUCGCCCCAGAAGCGGCCGCCCAAGGAGCAGAUCGCCCUGGCCAAGAAGAAGAAGCGCGAGGCCAUGCAGGCCGCCGCAGCCGCGGCUGCAGCCGCUGGUGCUGGCGCCGAGAAGACGUCGCCGUCCAAAAAGAACAAGGCUGCCGCUGUCUUUGCAUCGAGCUCUGCUGCUGCUGCCAAGACCAAUGGCAGCCGGCUCACAAACGGUCUCGGCCCAGACCCGCCAGGCGGCGGCGACGCUAGCUCAGCCCGGAGAGACAGCACCAUGAGCCAGGUGAACGGCACCCAGGCCGAAGAGAAAGACGGCAUGGGCGGGCCAAUGAGCCCGGAGAGCAUUGCGCGGUAG